UUUAUUAUUUGUUCAUAAUUUUAUCUUAAUGUAACCUGGAACAAAGAGUUAAUUUUCGCAAAUAAAAGUCAAUAAUAUAAGAAAGUGUAAUUCUGUUAACAAUCGAAAUUAAUUUGCUUUAUAAUUAUAAAUGAUUGCAUUAUAAUCUUAGCAUUCAUACAAUUACUUUGUGAUCAAAUAUAAUACGAAAUGUAAUGAACUAAUAUAAUGUCAUUUUUGCACAUUAUGUUUAUAAAACGAUAUAAAAUAAGAUUUUGAAUAUUCAAAAUAAAAAUAAUAAAGAUAAGUUUUUAAUCAUGGAAUCAAAUGAAGAAAAAAAGCUUUCAUUACAAGAACAAGACUCGACCAAAUUGUUGAGUAUCAAUUCCAAAUUGUAUGCUGAACCAGAAAGCCACUUACAAAGUCUUGGUUUUAUUAUAAACAAUGGAAAAGCUAGAUUUAAAUUAGAUGAGGAAGCAUCUUUGUAUUCUAAAGCAGCAAUAUCAAAUUUUUGUGAUGUUGAUUCAGAUGAUUCGUUAUCAUUUGUGGUAUUGGGUAAAGACUCGUUAAAUUCUAUCCAACAAUCAUCACUUGCAUCGUAUGUUGAUAUUCAACAAAAGUGUAUGUCUGUUGACUAUAAUUCUAUGAUUGCAUCAUGGGAUACAGCAGAAGUACAUCAAAAAUUAAAUGAGUUAUUGCAAGAAAACACGAAAUUAAAAGAAACAUUGAAACAGAAUAAUAUAGCAAUGAAACAACAAUUUAAUGUUUUAGCUACUUGGCAAGAAGAAAUUAUGAGAGUACAUCAAAAUCAUAAAAAAAAGUUUGCUGAGACUAGAGAAUUAAUAAAUUACCUUAAAAAGGAAAAUACUGAAUUAAAAAUGAAACUUGCUUCUGGAUUAACCAGUUAUACAGAAACAGGAUGUGAGUUUCUUGAUAUAAGUGAAAGACAAAAUGAUACAAAAGAAAAAAAAAUAUCUAGUUUUGAAAGUGAAUUCAGUAAAUCAGUUCUUCAUGAAUUGGAAUCAAUAUUGAAUGAAAAUAGCGACAAAAGUAUGUUAGCAUCAAAAACUGCAACUUCUACUCAAAAAAUUCCAGAAUUAGAUAAACAAAAUGAUGAUAAACAAUUAUUGGAAGGAGAAAGAAUUGCAUUUAAUAAGGAAAAAGAAAUGCUUGAAGAAGAAAAAAAAUUACUUGAUAAUCGAAAAAAGAAUCUUGAUUUAGAAUAUAAAAAUUUAAAUGAUGCUAAAGCACUUCUACAACAAGAAAGAAUAGGUUUGCAAGAAGAACAAACUUCUUUAGAUCAACAGAGUCAAUUAUAUGAAAUGCAAUAUAAAAAGACAUUAGAAACAGAAAAAAAGAAAUUUGAAGUAAAAUAUGAUCAAUUAAUUGCUGAACUUGGUAUCAUGCAUCAAAGUGUGGAAAAAAAAGAAUCGCGUAUGAAAGAACUAGAGAAUGAUUUAACACGACAUAAAGAAGAUAUUAUUUUAUUACAAACACAGUUAAAACUUUAUGAAGAAGAUUUUAGACAUGAGAGAAAACUUAAAGAAACAUUAUUAGAAGAGAAAAAUGCACUGAAUGCAGAUUUACGAAAACAGAUAGAAUUUAAUGAUCGAUUGCAAGAACAAAUUAACUCUCUGUAUCCGAUUGUACCCGGAAAUCAAAAUAGAACAACUGAAUUACAACCACCAUUAUUAUCAUCAUUUUCAUGUCCAAAAUGUGAGUGCAUAUUUAGAAACAUGAGUGAGUUGGAAAAUCAUAUUACUCAAUGUAUAAGUUUAGACUAAUAUAAAAUCUUAAAAUAUUUUGUUAAUUGUAUGUAUAAUUGUAGAAAUUAUAUGUGUUGUUAAUAUACAUAAAACUGUUUCCAAAAAAA